AGGGCUAGUGGGUGAGAAGGGAGUGAGCCGAGGUUGCCCUCUCCCCCCGGGCAGUGCCCACCGCCCCGCCUGCUUCUGCCUCCCCAGGGCAGACCCCGGGGUGCCGAUGGCCGAGGGAGGCUCGGGGGGAUGUCGGCGCCCGGCGGAACCAGGUACAGCGGCAGGGAUGCGGGCAGAGGCGUGAGGGUACAUAAACGGGGCAGGUGCAGGCACGGGGGUGGGGGCGCUGGCGGCCGGGUGGGAGUGCUGGCACCAGGGGCAUACUGGCACCAUCGGAUGGCAAAGCUGUGUUUCAGCUGCUAGAUGGGAACCCCAAGCUGCAGUGGGGUGAGAGGUGCUGGCUCAGCUGCAAGGGCUGCUGCUGUAUCUGGGGCAGUCCCAGGCCCCUGCUUCAGCCAAGGGGAACUUUAAACCUGCCUUAUUGCCGCCCCGGUCCUUGGCAGCACUGCUCUGGGCUGCUCUUUUUGUCUCUGCUGCCUUUUGCAGGCUGGCUAGAUGAGACAGGAGGGAAUUUGGUGUGGUGAGAAGAGGAAUUGCUGGGAAAAAUACCUGUCCCACUUCCCCGUGGGGCUGCAGCAGUCCCUGGAGCCACCCACUGCGAACGUGCCAUGGAGACCCCCGUGCCCCCCGUGUCUGCCAGAGCAGCUCCGGCGCACGGAGGGCCUUUCAGGAAGAACUCACCCGACCCUUGUGCCGUGAGUCGUUUCGUGGCCGUGACGCCGGCAGGCACGUGACAGGCAGAGCAGCGAGCGCCAGCAGCGGCUCCCGCCGCCUCCCCACAGCAUCCUCCCUCGCCCCCCAGCUCCAACGGGCUACGAAGCGCAUGGUGGCUGUGGGGACGCAGCUUUUGUCUCCCGGCUCGGCUCCUGCCUAGAAGGUUGCUGGGAGGAUGUGAGGACCCCAGUCUGGGUGGGAGCCCGGUGAGGGAACUCCCUGAAGGAUUUGAUUUCUUCUAGCAAGCAUCCUCCCUGGCAACAGCAGUGCUUGUCAGCUUCUCUCCAGAGUCUGUCUGGUUGCACAUCAGGGCAGGGACGUUGGACCAGGUCGGGGGCAGGCAGAAGCCAAGCUGGACACACAGGUGGCUGCGAUGGCAACUGAGAGCUGGGCUUAAGGCUGUCUGAGCAGGAGCAAGGCUCUGUGCAAGGCACUGGCACCAUGUUCAGCCAGUCGGGAUACCAAGCCCUUCCCCUGGGAGACUUUGACCGCUUCCAGCAGUCCAGCAUUGGGCUCUACGGUGCCCAGAAGGGCUUCUUCUCCUGUAGAUCGAAGGAAGAGCCUCUGGGGCCAGCUGGGAAUACCACAGACUCCUCCCAGGGUUGGCUGUCCUGGAUUUGCCAUGGGAUUAUCACCUCUUUGGUUUUCUUGAUGAUGGUUGUCACCUUCCCUAUCUCAGGAUGGUUUGCUUUGAAGAUCGUGCCCACCUAUGAGCGAAUGGUCAUCUUCCGCCUGGGCCGCAUCCGGGCACCACAGGGCCCCGGCGUGGUCCUGCUGCUGCCCUUCAUCGAUCACUGGCAGCGAGUGGAUCUGAGGAUGAGAGCCUUCAAUGUGCCCCCCUGCAAGAUGACCUCCAAGGAUGGGGCAAUCAUCUCCAUGGGUGCCGACAUCCAGUUCCGAGUGUGGGACCCCGUUUUGUCCGUCAUGAUGGUGAAGGACCUCAUCGCGGCCACCCGCAUGAUGGCACAGAGUGUCAUGACCAAGACCUUGGUGAAGAAGAGCCUCCGUGAGAUCCAGGUGGAGAAGCCAAGGAUUGGGGAGCAGCUGCUGCUGGAGAUUAACGACAUGACCAAGUCCUGGGGCCUGGAGGUGGACCGGCUGGAGCUGAGCAUGGAGGCUGUGCUGCAGCCACCUCGGGAGAAUCUGUUGAGCCCUCUUACCAUGGUGCCAUCCGAACCUGGGCUGGAUGGGCUGGAUGGCACCAUGCAGCAGCUGGCUGCCCAUUUCUUCAACACCCUGGCUCUGGCAGACUGUGGGACUGGCACUCUGGAGGCAGCAGGCAACUUGGAGACAGUGAACAUUGUGGAGCCUCCCACUUCUCCCCCCCUUGCCAUCACCAGCAGUGCCCAGAGGAAGCCCAGCACAGAUGAGCUGCUCUCAGCAGUGGAGCCUGUCCUCUCCGAGGCCCUGGUCCGCCAGGUUGGAGCAUCCUAUCAGGUCAACAUUGCCCUGCCCAGCGGCACCCAGAGCACCUACUUCAUAGACCUUUCCUCAGGCAGUGGGCAGGCUGGCCAUGGCAUGCCCGAGGACAGCGCUGAUGCAGUUCUAGAGGUGGUGGAGAAAGACCUGCAGGACCUCUUCUUGGGUGACCUGCACCCCUGGACUGCCUACAUGGGUGGGAGGCUGCAGAUGAAGGCAGCCUGCACCUUGCCCUGAAGCUGGAGGAGCUCAUCAAGGCGAUGAAGCAGCAUAGAUAGAGCAUGAGUGUCUGUGUGCAUGUGUCCUUGGUCACAGUGUCCCCAAACUCUUCUCUGUCCCAUCAGCACAGCUCGUGCCCUUGGCCAGUAUGCCAGCAGGGCACUGUCCUGGUGCCCCUCAACGGGCUGCAUGGCUAAGCAUCUCAGACUGAAAAGGACAUGAGCUGUGCAGAGGACAGCUGUUGUGGGGUGGGGUGGGGUGGCUGGAGUGGCCAGGUGAAGUGGGGUGCAAGGGCUGGCUGGACCAGGCUGGGGUGCCACCAGGAGGCUGGAGUCAGGGUGCAGCCUGGCAUUGCUAGUGGAAUACUGGGGUUUAUGGGGAAGGAGCAGAGGUGUGGAUGUGAGGAGUGACCUGCCUGGAGGUACCACAGCCUUCCCAAUACAGCGGUUUGUCAUGAGUGAUUGUGCUAUUUUGUGCUUCCAAGUGCUUUUGCAUGCGUGCUGUGGGGUCUGUCUGUGGGGGUGGAGGCACUGGAUAUAGGCAUCUAGAGAUACUUAUUUAUUUUGUAAGCUUCCUUUCUAUCCACUCUCGAUGGACAAAUAAACCUUGU